AUGGCCCCCCGCUCCGGCGACUCCGCCGCCGCGGCGGCGGCGGCGGCCUCCUUCCGUAUCGGGAUGGUGCGGGUGGUCUCCUUCCUUGUAGGCGGGCUCAACCUCGCGGUGCUGCUGCUCGGGCUCUACCUCAUCGACGCCGUGCUCCCGUCGGGGUGCGGCGGGGCGCUCGCUUUCGCCGCCGCGCCCGCUAUGGCCGGGGUCCGCGUGCUCGCCAUGAUCGGCGCGGCGCGCGCGCAGCACGCCACGGCGGACGCCAUAGCUAAGCGCCACCUCCACGAGGGCGACGCCUCUGUCGCAGCUGAUGCCGUAGCUCGCCACGAGAUUAGGGUGAGGUACAAACGCUGGUUGUGGUGGACCAGAUUUGGUAUGGCAGUUGGUGCAUUGCAGUUGGUUGCAGCAACUUAUCUCAUGUUUGUCAUUGUAAGAGAUCUCUCGAAAGAAAGAAGAUCCACUUCCUGCUUCUUUGGACAGGAUGAAGCUGAUCAGAUCUCAGGACGAGCGCUUAUUGCUUUAUUUCUUAUCCUUUCCUGGGUUGUGGUCAUUGUUCAAUGCUUCACGGGUUCUGACAUAUUGAGGUGGCGAUCAUUUUAUGCAACACAUGAUAUGGCAUGGAAAGCUCAUUACAGGGAAGUGUUCGACCAUGGAAUUCGAGAAGCUUUGUGCUGCCUAGGACGUGCAAAAUAUCUAACCGUAUUGGAAGAAGAUGAGGUUUAUUCUGUUGCAAGACUCCUUGGUGAUUUGGUUGCAUAUCGUGCUUCUGGGACAGGACAUUUGGAGCUCUUAGCAGGGCUUGCUCUAUUGCAGAAGCAUGGGAAUUUACCUGAAUCGCAGACUGACCUUGUGGAGGCAUCCCAUGAGCUUAUGCAAGAAGCUGCUUUCCUCCAUCCAUUUGCGGAAGCAUGUUACACGGGACCACUUCUUGAUGUUGGACGAAAUCCUAUUCUGUUUCCCUGUGCAUGGGUUUAUAGACAAGGUGUGUUAACUCCAUGGGCACGCAGAAGACGCCCUGCACUUGAUGGUGAUAAUUGUUGGCGAGGCCAUGCGGCAGCCUUCCUUAGAUUUGCUAAUAUACCACCUAAAGCACUUCUGAGAGGGCGUGUUUGCCAGAGCAAGCGUGAAGCUGCUUAUUUUGUUGUGGUUCUCCAUGACAAAAGAACUGUUGUUAUUGGGGUUCGUGGAACAGAGACACCAGAGGAUCUCAUAACUGACGGAUUAUGCAGAGAAUGUGCUUUUACUAUGGAAGAUUUGGAUGGACUAGUAAAUAGUGAACAAUUACCUGCAACUACAAGAGAGAGAGUUAUUUCAACAUUUCCACAUUAUGGGCAUGGUGGAAUUGUAGAGUCUGCGAGGGAGCUUUUUAUGCAACUAAAUGAAUGCGCAGGAGAAAACACAUUAUCUGGAAGACUUGGAUUCCUUUCUACACUGCUGGGGGAGGGCAGUGAGUGUCAUGGAUAUAAAGUUUGUCUUGUUGGGCAUUCUUUAGGAGGCGCUGUUGCUACAGUCCUAGGAAUGAUGCUUUUUGGCAAAUACCCAGACGUGCAUGUAUAUGCAUAUGGACCACUUCCUUGUGUGGACUUUGUAAUAGCGGAAGCAUGUUCGCAUUUUGUCACAACCAUUGUUUGCAAUGAUGAAUUUUCCUCUCGCCUUUCAAUCAAUUCGAUCCUUAGGCUACGAUCUGCUGCAAUAAGUGCUCUUUCAGAUAACUCUCCAGCUGAUACAGCAAUGAUACAAAAGCUCGCUCGAAGAAUUUUGCAUGUGAACAGGUAUCAUGAUAAUGGUCCUGAUGAUGGCAUAAUCCAGGGCUAUGCUGAUCAUACAAGAACAUCAGGUACGGCAGUACCGAAUGAAAGACAAAUUUCUAAUCAGGUUCCAUUAUGCAAUACUGAGCCAGACCUCCAAAAUACGCAAAAUGGCUUUGUUGGGUAUAAUGGAUCCAAUGCAUCCAUAGAUGAGCAUCUGAGCUGUGAAGGCAUAAACAGUGGCCAUGAUGUGCAAAUAAUUCCACUUAAUGGGGCUGAUUCUGGUUUCGAAGAGCACCCGGCAUCUUACAGAGAAAUACCAGUGGAGCCUCCUGAGAUGUUUCUUGCAGGCUUAAUUGUUCACAUAGUGCGGCAAAGAAGAAGUCUCUUUCCUCUUUGGAAAUGCUGGAGCAUUCAGGAAACUGAACCACCAUACAAAGCUGUUUUAGCGAAAAGGGUGAACUUCAGGGAUAUAGUGGUUACUCCUUCCAUGUUUACAGAUCACUUACCAUGGAGGUAA